AUGGCGCCCUCGACCCCAAGUGGUGAUCAGCCACGGCGCAAGUCGGUUAGGGUUAAAAGCGCACGAGGUCAGGCUAAGGCUAUCGAAGGGAAUUCGCAGCAAGUACGUCAACCACCGUCAGAUCAUAAGCACGGACGUGGCCGCAAGAAACGGAAGGUGGUAGAGGCGUCACCACUGGACGAAGUGACCGAUGCAGCCGGUGGCGACGAAUCCGAACUGGAUGAAUUGCCGUCGAGGGCUUCUCGCGGCUCGCUGAGCCAAUUACUCGAUAUGCCACUAGAUAUACUUCUUGAGAUCUUCACACACGUCACACCCGGAGAUCUGCUGAAUGUGGCGCGUGUCAAUAAGAGCUUUAGUGGACUGUUGCUCUCGCGGCGGUCGAUCUCCCUGUGGCGCGCAACGUUUGAUGCCGUUGGACCGGAGAAUUAUCCGCCGAAGCCAGACGACUGGACCGAGCUUGCAUGGGUUCAACUUGUAUCCGGCAGUAAGACUUGCAGUGAUUGCGGCUCUCGGACCACACUUGACGUCUUGUGGACCUUCCGUAAACGUCUAUGCAGAGGGUGCAAGACCAAACGCUUGAUAGACACUGCUUGGGACCGCAACUGGCACAAAUUGGCAGAUCGUUCUAAGGACCUACGGAAAAUCCUUCCUUCGUUGCCAAGUCGAUCAGGAGCGCAAAGUGGCCACCACUGCAACAAUCCAUAUGUCUUGCACUCUGAUGUUGCUGCAUAUCACCAAGAACUUGAAAAGCUACCACCCGCGGACGAGAACGAGGCUUUGUUUCUUCUUAAAAGGGAAGAGCUUUACGCUAGAAUGCUUCGUCGCACACGGAAGGUCAUGAAGCACGCACGGCUCUGCGAACGAGCUGCAGAGCGCUUGAAGGAAGGGCAGGUUGCCAACAAAGAGGAGCGGACCAUACUCCGCGUCACCCAGAUAUACGAGCGCUUGAUACUCCAUGGCUUUGGCCCUGCUGAUCUGGAAGAGCCCUUCAUCCGUGAUCACAAAGAUGUCAACAACCCUCGUACGUUGACGAAAGAAGUAUGGGAACGCCUGAAGCCGACAUUCAUCGAUCUAGCGGAGAAGGCUAGGCAGAUUCGCCUCGAACGCGAGAAGGUCGAGCGACGCACAGCACGUGAGAAGGCUGUGGCCAUUGAGUACCGAUCUUUUCUUGGACGCGUUGAGCCAAAGACUACAUCUCUCAUGCCUACAAUGGACGAGCUGCUUCACCUCCCCCUAGUCUCUGCCGCAAUCGCCGAAGAUCAAGAAGCUACAGACGAACUCCACUGUACAGUGGCGGAAGCGCUCAAAGGAUCCCUCUCUCAACUGACUGGGUGGAUUACAUCUCGCGCCGAGGCACUUCGAACGGCCGUGCCCGAGUCGUGGCCCGUGGCCAAUCUAUCUUCCUCUUCUACUCUAUCGGCCAAACGUGCACCGCUUCACGACCUUGAUCUCUACCCGUCUCUUGCCGACCUUGACCUAGCCGUGUACACGUUCACGUGUGGCCGUAUCCUGCCGGAAUCCCCUUACAACUACUGCGACGUCCAGAAACUUGCAUCUGAGGUGCACUAUGGAUUGGACAGCCUCGCCCAUCCUUGCUUGUUAUCCAAUUUGACCGAGUUCCGAUGUGUGCCCCUACCGUCGCAUCAUCGUGCGGUACUCCGCAUUCUCGAGAUGUUGCAACUUGACCCAGCAUCCACAACUGUUGACAUGCUUGAUGCGCUGAACCCAGUCUUCGUGGACCCUUCAAGAAGCCAAGCACAUUGGGCCCAACCUUCAUCACAAGGACACCAGUUGAUGACCUGGCGCCAAACGGUUUCAUUCUUCUGUGACUUCAAGGCCGGCAAGACGUCUCGGAUCAGGCUGCUGACGUUACAGGAACGUGAAUGGUUGGACGCCAAAAUGAUCAACGAAGGCGGUCUUCUCGCCACACUCUCGGACGGCAACCACUACUCCUUACCUGCAGAGUGUCUACCCGUCUGGGGAUGUCUACACUGCCUUGUACAUCUGGGCCCAAACCCACGGGAUCCUAUAUCCCAUCAUCCUUAUGACGCUGGAUGGAGUACAUAUAAGAAAUUGUGUGCGUCACAGCCGGACGACCCCUGGAGAUGGUUGACCAUUCCGGAACUAUACUCCCAUCUCGCUGAAGCUCACGACGUGACCGCCCCAGUUGAAGGGAAGGACUUUCAUUUCAAUAGGCAUAUUAGCCGUCGUAUCCACACAGGUUUUCCGAUGCUCCCAGUCGAUAUCUCUUCAAGAGCGACCUUACAAAUUGCUUGA